AUGGCGUCCUCUUCCGCCACGUCUUCCUCUUCGCCCUCUACUGUUUCGCCCACUGCUGUAGCGGCGGCAGGCAAGAAGAAGCCCGAGCCAAAAACACCUCUCGAAAUCAUCAUAUAUUCCAGAGAUCAGGCUUUUCGUGGAGGCAUCGCUGGCGCCUCGGCGCAGGUCGUCAACGUCCUCGCCUUCAUGUGGCUCCGAACGACUAUGAACUACCAGUAUCGUUAUGGAGGAACGACCUUUGGGUCGAUCAAAAAGCUGUACCAUGAAGGUGGCGUGAGGCGUUUCUACUGUGGGCUCUUUCCCGCGUUGAUGCAGUCUCCUCUGAGCCGCUUUGGAGACACUGCGGCAAAUGUCGGCGUCCUUGCUGCUCUUGAUGCGAGUCCGCGCACUCAAGACCUGCCGAUUGGAAUCAAAACAGCGCUUGCCUCCUGUGGAGCAGCAGGGUGGAGAUUUUUUCUCAUGCCCAUUGACGCGUGGAAGACAACGAAACAAGUAGAGGGCGGAAGCGGCCUGAAGGUUCUCAUUAACAAAGUGCGUACACACGGCAUCCCCAAGUUGUACCACGGUUCUCUCGCUGCCAUGGGUGCAACGUGGGUGGGGCAUUACCCCUGGUUCUUCACGCACAACUACCUGUCAGAAACAGUCCCCAAGUUCGAGUUCGCAUAUGGCAACCAUGUCCGCUACGCACUCAUCGGCUUUGCGAGCAGUGUCGUCAGUGACACAUGUUCAAACAGCAUCAGGGUGGUGAAGACGACGAAGCAAACUUCUGUGAUUCCUUUGACUUACAUGCAAACACUGCGUGAGGUGCUGAGCAAGGACGGACUCACCGGUCUCUUCUUCCGGGGUCUAGGGACCAGAAUUCUCACCAAUGGAUUGCAGGGCAUGGUGUUUUCUGUUGGCUGGAAGGCCAUUCAGGAUCAGCUCAACAAGAAGAACUAA